AUUCUCUGUUGCUUUCUCACUCUGUGCUAUUGGUGAAGUCAUUUCCACAUAAGGGUGGCACUCCCUGAACUCUGUCAUAAAGGGGAAGAGACUGUCUUUCUCACAUACACACAGUUUGCACACAACCAAGAAUACGCACUCCCAUACCAAGACUACUGAGCAAGCUUUCUUCGCAUAAACUGUCAUAAUGGCAAAUAAAGGUCCAUCCUAUGGUCUGAGCCGUGAGGUGCAGAGUAAGAUUGACAAGAAAUAUGAUCCUGAGCUGGAGGAGCGACUGGUGCAGUGGAUCAUUGCUCAGUGUGGGGAUUCAGUAGGAACACCUCAACCUGGAAAACAAGGCUUCCAGCAGUGGCUUAAGGAUGGAUGUAUUUUAUGUGAGCUGAUUAACAGUCUCUAUAAGGAUUCAAAGCCAGUGAAAAAGAUUGCAAGUUCUGGAAUGGCUUUUAAACAGAUGGAGCAGAUCUCACAGUUCCUCGGUGCAGCUGAACGCUACGGAGUCACCAAGUCUGACAUGUUCCAAACAGUGGACCUCUGGGAGGGUAAGGACCUUGCUGCUGUGCAGAUGACCCUGAUGUGUUUGGGGAGUCUGGCUGUUACUAAGAGUGAUGAUUGUUACCGUGGUGACCCCAGUUGGUUUCACAAGAAAUCGCAAGAGAACAAGAGGGACUUUUCUGACGAACAGCUGAAAGAGGGUCAAAGUGUAAUUGGCCUACAGAUGGGCACUAACAAAGGGGCAUCGCAGACAGGCAUGACUGGUUAUGGUCGACCUCGGCAGAUCUUAAACAAUAAAUAAAGGCCUGAUGACCUGUGAUCUGUCUGUAUUGGCCCAUCACCAGGGUGGACCAGGCACACAGUCUCAUUUAAACCUUCAGCAAAGCCCAGCUGGACAAUCAGUGAACAGAAUACACACAGCAUUUGACCAAGGUUUAUAGUAGUUUACAAAUCAUUUAUACAUCACAUGAAAAAUGCAGUGUGAUUCCAACCUGAAAAAUUGCUCCAGGAACCAUCAUUUCCCAUAAAUGGGCUGGCAUUGUAUUCUUCAACAUUCCAUUAGAAUUUAAUCUGCUUUGAGGAAACAGAAAUUCAUUUCAUUAUUCUAUUACAUACGUACAUUCCAAAGAAAUGGCUUUUUCAGCACUCCAUGGAAACAAAAUGCCUGUAGAGUAAAAUUGUAUCCCUGCACAGUCAGGUAUUUGUCUUAGUCUUAUGUUUCUGUGGAUUUCAAGAGCUCAAUAUGUUUAUACAUUGUACAUGAGUAACUAAUAAUUGAUUUUGCUAAUAAAUUCAGUUAAAUUUAGAAA